CUCGCUUUUCCUUCGUUCACUUACGGAACAUGUCGCCAUUGGAGAAAUUUACUGAUGUCAUUGUAUAUUCACAGUGGGCAGAUUGAUAAAGCAACAAUCAAGCAUGCAAAUUAUACAUACAAAUUUAGUUCACGAACACUGGAGCACCAGCAUGAAACAGCACCUCUCCCUUUUGAUCUUGUUUAGCUGUCUCCGUGCAGCUUUUUCAGUCGAGCGACUCUGUUCGAACCCCGACACGGGCGUCUUCAUUGGUCUCGCAGUGGACGAAAAGGUCUACGUAUCCGUCCCAGGAGGCCCGGAUCCUGAUACAGGUAAAAUUCAGUCAUGGAAUUUAGUCGACGAAGACUCGAUUGGGCCCAGUCACUCCUUUACUGGACGCUAUCUGCAGGUGGUCCCGGAUGAGGGACGAGUUUACCCAAGUCGAGGCGAGCACCUAACAGACUUGAAGCAAUUAGAAAACAAUAGUCCAUACGUGGCUUUUCGUCUCGAUGUUUCCAAAGAAGGAGCCGGUUGGCACACACUAUUUUUGCGCUGGACGGGAGGCGAUACUGUUGGUGGCGGUGAUUCUGUCUUUGUCAGUCUGCACAGUCUUUCCAAAAGUAAAUCCGCCAUUGCAGGACACCGAAGUCUAAAACCUCUAAAAGUUCCCAUCGACUCCACGUUUCGAAAUUUUGCGGGUUGUUGUUACGAUAUGCAGACACACGCCUGUCCUUGCCAGAAAUCACAGCCUACCAACGAGACUUGUCCGAAUUACAUAGUCCGGGAAGAAGCUGCCAAAUUUGGUGCUCAAUGCAGUGUAGGCCCGGGAGUGAUGGAGUUUGUCGAUUCACCGCAAUGGUAUCUGUAUGCCGGGCAAGAGGUCGGAAAUGUGAUGGACUUUGAUGCGGAGCCGUGGGAUGCCACCUGUGAAGCCGAAGGAAGCGAUACGGCUGAUUCGGGACGCGACUAUGCCUCGUGGAACAUUCCCAAAGGCGAAUUUGAGUUGCGCAUCUAUGCCCGCGAAGACGGUACGGCUGUGGAUGCAAUUUACAUCGCUGGACCUAAUGGAAAAGCUCCUGGACUUUUGCAAAAGUUUGGGGUGGGUGACAGCACUAUCUGCACCAGAAGUGGCUCGAGUGGUUUAGGAUCUGCUCUGCGUACUUCUGGCUUCAUCCUUCUAAUCGCAGGUGUUGUGUUGGGGGCAUUGGUGGCCGUAGCCAAGACGGAUCAAGGAAGCGCAGCAAUGCACGAAGUUUUACAGCAUAUAUCACAGCGACGUGUACCAAAUCCUUCGGUGUCCAGCGAUGGGAUCAUGAAUACAUACUCGGAGCUUCGCUUACAAGAUACGAUUUAGAAUUCUUUGGUACUUCGCAGUGAUAAAACUAUGCUCACAUUUUAUUGAUGGC